AUGGGAUUUUUCGAUAUAUGCUGUAGCUGCUGUUCAGGCGACACUGUUCUACCUGACAGUGUUCCUCGUACUCACAUAAAACGUGCUGUACCGGAAGAAAAACAAGAAGAACUCAAACCACUUGUGGAAUCCAUUGAUGUUAUAUCUGUGGAACCAGCUGAGGAAUUGGGAGAUGUAAAUGAAGAAACUUCGGAGGUUACUAUUGGUGCUCCUAUCUCUGCUGUGAAGAAACGCCCACUUAAGGAAUGCAAACUCAAGCCAGCAAGGCAUCGUAUCACUUUGACAGGUGCAGCUGCUGCCGUACCUCCAUGCUCCGUAGCGGAAUGUGUCGGAGAUGUCCCCAAAGUAUCCUCCUCUAAAGUUACAGUUGGGGAAGGUGCAUACUUGGUAUACUCUUUGGAACAAAAUGGUUCUCUCAGUAUGAACUUUACCAAAAAGGCUAUCGACAGUUUGGACGGUGUUCUUGCAUACAUCAAGCCAGCAACGGAGUUCUCAAGCUACCAUUACUCAGGUGGCGGUUGCAAGGUGGUUGCUACCAACCUACAGACCUGUAUGCAGAGCCAAUAUGCAAACGACCGUAAGCCGUUUUACAAGGCAUGGUGCCAAUUUUUGAAAUUAACCAUUGCCGGCAAUGGUGUAGCUUACCUAUUGGAAGCUUCAGGAUUGUCACCACCACCUCUCGUUAGAAUAUUGAUAUUUAAGGAUGGAAACAUUCAAACUGCCGAAAAACUGACACCUAUUGAUCUCCGUGAAUGUGGAGCUAUUGGCGUUUUACCGCCAGCUUUCGACUACGAGUCAGUAGGCGAUAUAUCGGAUCGUACAAAGUACAACGCGCCACCUAAAGGGUCUCGUAUAGCAAGAGAGUUGGAAAAGUUUGCUACCGACCCUUUGAACACAUCGCCGUGGGAAUAUGAACAGCCCUUAGUGCAGUCGUUUACAAAGGAACAAAAUGCCAGUUAUAGCUUUUUAAAAAACAAUUGGGGAUAUCUAGACCAUUCUACAGACCCUCACCAGCCAGCUGGUGUGCUGGAAGGUGGUAGAGAAAACUACACUGGAAAAGGUCUUCGGUUAGUUGGUGGUCGCGACCGUCAACGCACGGAGCCUAUGCCGUAUUAUCUGGACCAUGGUGUAAAAUGGCGGCAAAGGACACAAAUGGGUGCAGUAUCAUUUGCUAUAAGCCCUGAUGCUAAUCAGGAUGUGCGCGUAGACGAAACCGACUUGGACCUUGAAGCGCGGCAAUGGGGCUCAUGGAGUCGUCCAAUGUACACCGACUUACCAGCAAUGGAGUCGGCAAUAAGGUCGCAUUCGCGUGCGGAGAACCCUACCGAUCUCCCAUACCACUGGAUACUAUCUGACGAGAUCAUUGAACAUACGCCAGUGCACGUAGCAAGCGGAGCGAGUUUUAUUCCUGACCCGGACCCGGAUAUGUAUUUGGCAGCAACAGGUCACUUUGGUGGGUACAUGCGGCGGCCGUUCGAAUUUCCAAGAGAGACCAUUAAACGGCAAAAUCUACUGCUCACCGAAUGGGACCGGUUAGAAGCUCAGUACGCCAAGAACCCCGAUGAAGAUAUUGCCGAACGCAUCCAUGCUGUAAAGAAUGCACUAUGUGGCUACGAUAGGAUGAUAAACAAUGAUAACACGUCAUUCAAAGUCGCCAUUGAUGCAGCUAUCACAUUAAUGCGUGAUUUAACUAAGGAGCAGAGGGACGAUCCAGCACAUAAUCCAGAUGUGAUCGACUACUACCUUAGAAAGGUACCCGAUCCCACCGCGGUUGGUGGCGGUUGCAGCCAUUACAGCGGCCCUGGGCGUACCUCUCUAUUGUGUUUGAUUGGGUAUUAUCCAGAUACAAAGGCAUUCGCUCAAUACACCUCGGUCGAGGAACUUGCAGAGGGCUACCACCGCCUGAUGACCGAGAUGCGUUUCGAGGGCAGGUCACACACGGUUUCUCAGAUGGUGCUUGAUGAUGAAGUUCAAGACUACGUUUUAAGAGGCGAUCGUCGCAAGUUUCCACGACUAAUUGCCGAAUAUGCGCCCAUAUGGGCCUACCGAAAGUUUGGUGCCGAGUUCGGCGACGCGUUGAAGCGUGGGCAUACGAUACCGGAAAAUGAUCUGACUACUUUUGGACGUCGUCUACGUAAGCGGCCACGUGGGUACACCGAAGAAGAGCGUGCCCGAAACUUUGUCGAUGACUACUCAAAUUUUUGCGAAGAAUGUGGCUAG